UUAAAUUUGAUUGUACUUUGAUUUGGCAUCAGAGAAGGCAGUAGUGAUCCUAGAAAGCAUUUCUCUUGGUUUUCAUAGUAUGCUUCUCUUCUGGUUACCCUUCCUGCUCAUUGGUGGCUGAUUCUCACCCUGUAUUGCCUACUUCCUCUGUUGUCCCACGGAAUGAUUGUGUUCCUUAGCCUUUCUCUCCUGUCUCCAAUCUCCCUAGGGGAUCUUAUCUAUGUUCUGAGUGUGGCAUAUGCUGGUGAGUCCUCCAUUUAUGUCUUUAGCCUCUCUUCUGAGCGUAAAGAGCGUAAAUCUCGUGAAUCCAAUUGCUAACAAUAGUGUGCUUCAGAGGUUCUCACGCUUUAAUGCAUCUCUGUGCUUGUUAAACCUGAGGUUCUGUAGGUCUGGAGUGGGGUGAACAAUUUACAUUUCUGGCAAGUUCCUAGGUAAUGCCGAUGCUGCUGGUCUGGGGACCAUGCAUUGAGAACCCCUAGGAGGAAACCACAUCUGCGAUGGGGGAGGGGAAGAGCCUGAAAACUGGUUUUUUAAAAUGGAAGCCAGAUUAUGACAGUGCUGCUUCGGAAUACGGAAAAGCAGCUGUUGCUUUUAAAAAUGCCAAACAGUUUGAGCAAGCAAAAGAUGCCUGCCUGAGGGAAGCUGUUGCCCAUGAAAAUAAUCGGGCUCUUUUUCAUGCUGCCAAAGCUUAUGAGCAAGCUGGCAUGAUGUUGAAGGAGAUGCAGAAACUACCAGAGGCUGUUCAGCUCAUUGAGAAGGCCAGCACGAUGUAUCUAGAAAACGGCACCCCUGACACCGCGGCUAUGGCGUUGGAGCGAGCCGGAAAGCUUAUAGAAAAUGUAGAUCCGGAAAAGGCUGUACAGUUGUAUCAACAAACAGCUAAUGUGUUUGAAAAUGAGGAACGCUUACGACAGGCGGUUGAAUUACUAGGAAAAGCCUCCAGACUGCUAGUACGAGGACGCAGGUUUGAUGAGGCGGCCCUCUCUAUUCAGAAAGAAAAAAAUAUUUAUAAGGAAAUUGAGAAUUAUCCAACUUGUUAUAAGAAAACAAUUGCUCAAGUCUUGGUUCAUCUGCACAGAAACGACUACGUGGCUGCAGAGAGAUGUGUCAGGGAGAGCUACAGCAUACCAGGGUUCAAUGGCAGUGAAGACUGUGCUGCACUCGAACAGCUGCUCGAAGGUUACGACCAGCAAGACCAAGAUCAAGUGUCAGAGGUCUGCAACUCGCCACUUUUCAAGUACAUGGACAAUGACUAUGCUAAGCUGGGCCUGAGUUUGGUGGUUCCAGGAGGGGGAAUCAAGAAGAAAUCACCUGCAACACCGCAGGCCAAGCCUGAUGGUGUCGCCACUGCAGCUGCUGAUGAAGAGGAAGAUGAGUACUCAGGAGGACUGUGCUAGUAUUUUGCUUGCAGGAAAGAAAAGGAAAAAAGAGAGAAUCCUGACAUGCAAUUUCAUGGACUUGGGACUUAUUUAAGGGCAUCCACACUUGGUUGUAGUCAUGAUUGUAAAUACUAAUAAAGAGUAAUUUUCAGUUA